UUUGCAUAGUUUUAGCUUUGUUAUUUCAUAUAUAUUCAUGCAUUAACCUUACAUUUAUUUGCAUUUAGAGUCUAUUGCAUGUACAUUUGCAUCUUGUAGGUGUUGGAUGAAUUGUUUGGAGUUUUGGAGGUGAUUAGAGCACAAAAGGAGCUUUCGAGGAGUCUUGAACCGAACAUGUGAAAGACAAGCAUGGAUGAAGGUCUUAAAGAUAUCUUUUGAGUUAGGUUUACAAUGGAGGUGGUUUCAAGUCGUUUGGAGCUGUAUUGUGGGAUUUAUGAUCAAAAUACUACACACAUAUCAGUAUGACAUUCCUAGCGGUCACCCUAGCAACAUCAACAAUAGCCUUCGAAUUUUAAGCCUUUAGACUCAUUUUUAUUCACUUAAAACCUAUAAAACUCAUUACUAUUCAUUAUUCUUCUUAUUUUUGGUAUUCUAAAGGUGUGUGCAACAUGGAGAAAGUGGAGAAAACUUUAAUGAGUGAGUUUUAUCUCUUUAAAGCUUGCAACAUGGGGGAUGGGUUGUCUAUCAUGAGUUUGGUGGCUCUUUUGGCCUAACUUUCUCUACCUUUUCUGAAGAGGCAAGACUACUUUGGCCAUAUGAAGGGGCAAAAGGUGUUCUAUAAUGGAAGAAAGUGGAGAAUAACUUUUAUGAGUGUGUUUUAUGCUUUAUGCUUUCACAUGAUGGAUGUGUUGUCAUCCUCCUUUACUUAGGCUAUAAAAGAGACUGCAAGGGGAAGGAGGAAGACACAAUACACAGAGUACAAUACAACAAAGAGUAGAGAGUGAAAGUUUUAUAGUUUCAUAUUUUGUAUUUUGAGAGUUUGAGAGAAAACAUUUGUUCUUGGAGUGUUCUUGAAGUUUAUGUUAUAAAGUCUUGUUUUCCUUUAGCCAUUCUCUUCAUCUAAUUUCUGUUUCUUGUUUUCAUAUAUCAUAUCAUCUUGGUUAUGCUUCUAUCCAUCAUGGGAUUAAGUGUAAACAAGAUGAUUAGUGAGUAAUCACCCUUAGGAUCAAUGGGUUAGGUAGAUUAAUGGGUGAUUAGGGAAGAGUUAAGGUGUUCUAAUGGUUAAAUGCUUAGAUUUCUAUGCUUACUAAGUAUUCUUAAUGCUAGAUUAAUUUUGGCCAUUUUAAUCUAGAUUCUAAGUGUUUGUAGGGCAUCGAAAGUGUUUGCAUAAUGCUUGAAUGGACCUAGUAAAGCUCUAGCUUGAAUAACCAAGGAAUUGUUGUUAGGAUUGCUAGAUGGUUAGUAGACUAGAACUUAAUGUAUGUUUGAGUGAACAAAACGAACGGAAGUUGAUGUUUAGUUCAUAAUUGCAUAAGGGUUUCUACCACGGGAGUGGAUUAAUCUAAAUUGAAUGAAAUCUAGACCUAUAGAAAGUUAAGAUUAUUUGAAGUUAGACGCCUUGAUUUAGAACUAUCACCUUGAAAUCAAUUGCCUAAUACCCAUUGGUUCUUCUUUGUUAUAUUUGAAUUAAAACUCAAGUUAUUUCGCACUAUUACUUGUUACAAACAAACAUCAUUUGAUUGCACUUAGAUUGAGAUAAAUGGCUUGCAUUCUUAGUGCUUAGAAUCACUAGAGAUUGGAUUGACAUCUUAAGUACUACAACACUUAAGGAUUAAACUUAUCCUUUAUCAAGUUUUGGCGCCGUUGCCAUUCUCUAGAUUGAUUUUGACAUUAGGAUUUGGUCAUUACUUGAGACUAAGUCUUAUUUUUCAUUUUUAAGUUACUAAUUAUCUAUCUUCAUCUCUAUUUGGAUGACAGGUGCAUGAACUUGAGAAGCAAAGGAUCAACAAAUCUUGCACCAAGAGUGGACAACAUCAAAGCCUUAGAAAGAGAGUUGGGAAGACAGAGAAGAGAAAGAGAAAAGCAAGCCCACUUACAUAGAUUGGGGCUUGAGAUGGAGAGAAACCCGAAUCAACCGGAAGGUGUCUAUGAAGUUGAUGAUCAUAGACAAAAUGUCCAAGGAGUUCCUCCUGGAGCUGCUCAAGAGGAACAUGGCCAAGGAGCUGCAAACCUUAGGCCUCAAAAUCAACAACGCCUGGGAAGAUCCAUUGGCACUUAUGAUCAACCUAACAUAAAUGGGAAUAGGUUGGGCAUUAGGGCACCGCCAGUUGCCAACAACAAUUUCGAGAUCAAGUCAAGCCUCAUCAACAUGAUUGAAAACAACAAGUACCAUGGACUUGCCUUGGAAGACCCACUAGAUCACCUUGACAGAUUUGAUAAGUACUGUGGCUUGUCAAAAACAAAUGGAGUUUCAGAGGAUGCUUUCAAGCUCAGAUUGUUUCCCUUCUCUUUGGGAGACAAGGCUCACACUUGGGAGAAAAACAUCUCAAGUGAUACUAUCACCACUUGGGAUGAAUGCAAGAAGGCCUUCCUCAACAAGUUCUUCUCAGCUACAAGGACUGCCAACCUUAGAAAUCAGAUCUCUGGUUUUCAACAAAGAGGACUUGAAGGAUUUUUAGACGCAUGGGAGAGAUUCAGAAGCUACCUGUCUCAAUGUCCCCACCAUGGCUUCAACAAUGAGAGCUUGCUAAGCACUUUCUACAGAGGAGUCUUGCCUAAAUUCAAAAGCCAGCUUGACACUGCAAGCAAUGGAAACUUCUUGGGGAGGACUGUGGAAGAUGCUUUAGAACUCUUGGAGAACAUGACACAGAGUGACUCUGUCUACAAUGAUGAAUAUGAUAGAAGAGACAGAGGUGGUGGAGGAGAAGAUAUGACCACAAAGAGAGAGCUGAAAGCACUUCAAGACAAGAUUGACAUGCUACUAUCAGAAAAGACCAAGAAAGAGGAGUUACAUAUGGUUGCUGAAGUUGAUAGAGUAGAAUGCCAAGAAGAUAUGUACUAUGUCAAUGCUCAGGGUACAUGGUACAAGAAGGAGCCUGACUAUCAAUACCAGAACAACUACCAACAGAAACCCUUCUACAACAACCAACAGAAGCCAUUCAACAACUACCAGCCAAGACCAUUCUACAACAAUCAGCCUAAGCCAUUCUACAACAACAACCAAGGUGGUUACCAACCCAAACAGAACUUCCCUCCUGGAUUCUCACCAAAACCAAGUCAACAUGCACAAGACCAAGCUGGAUCAUCAACACAACCUCCAAAAGAGAGUAGUACUGAAGCUAUGCUGAAACAAUUAUUGGAGGGACAAGCAAGAAGUGAGAAACAAUUAGGGUAUGAGCUGAAAAAUCUCCACAACAAGAUUGAUGGGAAUUACCAUGAUCUAAACAAGUUCAAAGCCUUGGAGAACCAGUUUGUCUCUAUGACAGCCAGCUCAAGUCGCCAACAAGGUUCCCUACCUGGAAAGCCUGAACAAAACCCAAAGGAGACAAUAAAGGCAAUCACCCUAAGGAGUGGAAGAGAGUUGCCUCCUAAAGUUCUCAUUAAGGAUAAUGAGAAACAAGGUGGGGAGGUGGUUAUCAAUGUAGAUGAUGAUGUGGUGAUUGUGGAUGAGAAGACUAAUGAGGAAAUCUUGGAGAAGAUAGUUGAAGCUAAGGGCAAGAGAAAGAUUGGAGAGGAGAAAGUUGAGAACAAAAAUGAGGCUGCUACAUCAACAAAGGAGAAAUUGUUCACUCCUCCUCCCUAUGAGCCAAAGCUUCCCUUUCCUGGAAGAUUCAAGAAGCAACUCCUAGAGAAGUACAAAGCCUUGUUUGACAAGCAAAUGAGUGAAGUUCAUCUCACCAUGCCCAUAAUUGAUGCAUUUAUGCUGGUUCCACAAUACAGCAAGUUCUUGAAAGAUGCUGUAGAACAAAAGAAGAAAGAGAUGGAAGGGAUGGUGAUUCUUACUCAUGAGUGCAGCGCCAUUAUUCAGAGACUGACUGUCCCAAGGAAGCUAGAAGACCCUGGUAGUUUCACCCUGCCAUGCGCCAUUGGACCUUUGACAUUUGAGAGAUGUCUAUGUGAUUUGGGAGCAAGUGUCAGCCUCAUGCCACUAUCCAUUGCCAAGAAGCUUGGGUUUACACAAUAUAAAAAGUGCAAGAUCUCUUUGGUGCUAGCUGAUCGAUCUGUCAAGCUCCCCAUUGGCAUCCUAGAAGAUCUUCCUGUCAAGAUAGGAAAUUGUGAAGUGCCUACUGACUUUGUAGUGCUUGAGAUGGAUGAAGAGCCUAGAGAUCCUUUGAUCUUUGGAAGACCUUUCUUGGCAACUGCUGGAGCAAUGGUGAAUGUGAGAGAUGGCACAAUUGAUCUCCACCUUGAAAAAGAUCACACUCUCCAUUUUGAUAUCAAGGAGAUGAUGAAGAAGCCCACAACUCAAGGAGAAAUAUUCUACAUUGAUGAGAUGGAUGCCUUGGCUGAUGAUUUCCUUGAGGAGUUAGCGAUUGAGGACUCUCUUCAACAUGCCCUGACCAUUGAAAGAGAGACCCAAAUGAUUGAAAACAAGGAGAGUGAUGAGCUAGUAAGAAGGCUAGAUGUUCACCUUGAGGAGGAUGGAGAAGAUGAGUUCAUGGAGUUGCCACAAGUGACUCAACAUGCUGCCUCAGCAGACAUUCAAGAGAACCUCCAUGAAGCUGAUUGGAGUGAGCUCAAGGCACCAAAAGUGGAGCUUAAACCUGAGCUGACUGAGAAUGAAUUGUCUAUGCUUUUAAAUGAACUUAAAAAGUAUAGAAAAGCACUAGGAUACUCACUUGAUGACAUUAAAGGAAUCUCACCAUCUUUGUGCAUGCAUAGGAUACAUCUAGAGGAUGAAUCUAAAACUUCAAUUGAACACCAAAGAAGAUUAAAUCCUAAUUUGAAAGAUGUUGUUAAAAAAGAGAUAAUCAAAUUGUUAGAUGCUGGUGUGAUCUAUCCUAUCUCUGAUAGCAAUUGGGUUUCACCUGUGCAUGUAGUUCCUAAAAAGGGUGGCAUAACAGUUGUUAAGAACGAAAAUGAUGAGUUAAUACCAACAAGAACAAUAACUGGACAUAGGAUGUGCAUUGACUAUCGAAAACUGAAUGCAGCCUCUAGAAAGGAUCAUUUCCCUUUACCAUUCAUUGAUCAGAUGUUAGAGAGGCUAGCUAACCAUCCCUAUUAUUGUUUCCUUGAUGGAUACUCUGGAUUUUUCCAAAUCCCUAUACACCCAAAUGACCAAGAGAAAACGACAUUCACUUGUCCUUAUGGUACCUUUGCAUAUCGAAGGAUGCCAUUUGGACUGUGCAAUGCACCAGCAACAUUCCAAAGAGCAAUGAUGUCGAUUUUCUCUGAUCUUAUUGAGGAUGUAAUGGAGGUGUUUAUGGAUGAUUUUUCUGUAUACGGUUCUUCGUUUGCUACUUGUUUGUCAAAUCUUUGCAGGGUAUUACAGAGAUGUGAGGACACUAACCUGGUGCUCAAUUGGGAGAAGUGUCACUUCAUGGUCAAGGAAGGGAUUGUUCUUGGACACAAAGUUUCUGAGAAAGGAAUUGAAGUGGACAAAGCCAAGAUAGAUGUCAUGGUUGGUCUAGCUCCACCAAGAACAGUGAAGGAUAUAAGAAGCUUCCUUGGCCAUGCUGGUUUCUACAGAAGGUUCAUCAAAGACUUCUCCAAAAUAGCUAGACCAUUGACCAAGCUGCUGUGCAAGGAGAUCAUCUUCAACUUUGAUGAAGAAUGCCUAGAAGCCUUUAAGAAGCUGAAGGAGGAGCUCACCAGUGCCCCAAUAGUUCAACCACCAGAUUGGAGUCUACCCUUCGAAAUCAUGUGCGACGCCAGUGACUAUGCUGUGGGGGCAGUCUUGGGGCAAAAGAAGGACAAGAAGACACAUGUGAUCUACUAUGCUAGUAGAACACUUGAUGAUGCCCAAAUGAAGUAUGCCACAACUGAGAAGGAGCUGUUGGCAAUUGUCUAUGCCUUCGAGAAGUUCAGGAGCUACCUGGUAGGGUCUAAGGUCAUUGUAUACACUGAUCAUGCUGCACUACGACAUCUACUAGCCAAGAAGGAUGCCAAGCCAAGGCUGCUCAGAUGGAUAUUAAUACUACAAGAGUUUGAUCUCGAAAUCAAGGACAAGCCAGGAGUGGAGAAUGGUGUAGCUGAUCACCUUUCAAGAUUAAGAGUGGAGUGUGGGAUUCCUAUUGAUGAGGGACUCCCUGAAGAGCAGAUUAUGGCUAUAGAAGCAAUGGUCACAGCUUGUGAGACUGGAAGGAAGAUUGAAGAAAUGAAGGCAAUUGAUGAAACAGGCCCAUGGUAUGCUGAUCUAGUGAACUACUUGGCAUGUGGAAGGGAACCAUUGAAUCUGACAGGCUAUGCAAGGAAGAAGUUCUUCAAGGAUGUGAAGAGAUACUACUGGGACGAGCCUUACCUCUACACUCUUUGCAAAGAUCAAAUCUAUAGAAGAGUAGUAGCUCAAGAGGAGGUGGAAGGAAUCCUCACACACUGCCAUGGAUCAGCCUAUGGAGGUCACUUUGCCACCUUCAAGACUGUCUCCAAGGUGCUACAAGCAGGAUUUUGGUGGCCCCAUAUGUUCAAAGACACACAAGAGUUUGUGUCAAGGUGUGACCCAUGCCAAAGGAGAGGGAACAUCACCAAGAGAAAUGAGAUGCCUCAAAAUCCUAUCUUGGAAGUGGAAGUGUUUGAUGUGUGGGGCAUUGACUUCAUGGGACCAUUCCCAUCUUCCUAUGGUAAUGAAUACAUUCUUGUUGCUGUGGAUUAUGUCUCCAAAUGGGUGGAAGCUAUAGCCAGCCCAACCAAUGAUGCUAAGGUUGUCCUCAAGAUGUUCAAGAGCAUUAUCUUCCCAAGGUUUGGAGUCCCAAGAGUUGUGAUCAGUGAUGGAGGCACCCACUUCAUCAACAAACUUUUUGAGAACCUUCUUAAGAAGAAUGGUGUCAAGCACAAGGUGGCAACUGCUUAUCAUCCCCAAACAAGUGGCCAAGUUGAGAUUUCCAACAGGGAGAUAAAGUCCAUUUUGGAGAAGACUGUGGGGACAACAAGGAAGGAUUGGUCUACAAAGCUUGAUGAUGCACUUUGGGCCUAUAGGACUGCUUUCAAGACACCCUUGGGAACCACUCCCUUCAAUCUUGUCUAUGGGAAAGCUUGCCAUCUGCCAGUGGAGCUUGAGUACAAGGCAUUAUGGGCUGUUAAGAUGCUGAACUUUGACAUCAAGAGUGCCAAAGAGAAAAGACUUUUCCAACUCCAUGAGCUUGAUGAGAUUCGACUUGAUGCUUUUGAGAACUCAAGGAUUUACAAAGAAAAGACCAAGGCAUUCCAUGACAAGAAGAUCCUGAAGAGGGAGUUCAACAUUGGAGAUCAAGUGUUGCUCUUCAACUCUCGAUUGAAGUUGUUCCCUGGAAAACUUAAGUCAAGAUGGUCCGGCCCUUUCAAGAUCAAAGAAGUGAGGCCAUAUGGAGCAAUUGUGCUUUGGAACAAGACCGGUGGGGACUUUACAGUGAAUGGGCAAAGAGUCAAGCUGUACAUGGCGGCCACACCUGAGAAGGAAGGAACCUCGGUUCCACUUACCGAUCCCAAACCAGCCUAAACCAAAAAGGGGUAGUCAAGCUAGAGACUUAAAACAAGCUCACUUGGGAGGAAGUCCCACAUCUAUCCCUAUAUAUAUUACUGUUUUACUUGUGUGGUUUUUCUUUUGUGUGUUUGAUAAGUGUGUUUAAAAUUUUCAGGUGAUUCUCCACUUAAUCAAAGAAGAAAGAUGGCCAUCCAGCAAAGCUACAAGUGUUAAAAUUAUUCAACUCCAUCUAGCAACUCCAAGCUAAGUGUCUCUACAACCAUUGUAAAUAUAUAGUUUUCAUGUUUGUUUCUUCUAGACCUCUUCUUUCACCUUGCUCUCAUACAAGAGACUGUGUGAAGUAAGUGUGGGGGGUAGAGUCUACUUAUCUCACAUGUUUUCUGUUUUGUUUACUUGUCAUAAGCAUUGCAUAUCCAUUUGCAUAGAAAAUCCAUAAAAAUUUGCAAAAUUCCAAAAAUUACAAAAAAAAACAUUUAGUUAUAUCAUUUGCAUCUUUAGGUUUGAGUCUAGAUCAUAUAGAAUGCAUAGGUAAAAUCCCUACAAAGGACUCAUGCAAUGAACUCAUUGUUGAUACCCUUUUGAAUCAUAAUAAGUAGCUUGAGCUUCUUCUGAAUUUCUUGUAGACUUCGAGCCUUGAAAACUCCUCUGAAGACUCAUUGAAUCUUACUCUUUGAAACCAACUCCGAUCUUAGUUGACUUAAAUGAACUUAAUGCUUCUUGCUUAUGGUCUCUUGAGUACUAAAUCAUGGCUUUCCACACACUUGAGCUUGUAUAAACCGUUUUACCAAUCUUUUUGACAACUCAAGUGGUAGUCCAUACCCUAAACCCUUCCCUUCUUUCAAACCAUCAUUAAUUGUUGAGUGAGGUCUUUUUGUGAAAGCUUGUCAUGUGCAAAAUCUUGAAAGUAUUAGGAGCGACAUUGAUUUGUUCUCAUCUCUUGCUAGCAUUAGGACCUCUUUUGGGCUAGCAUCUAGGAUGGUGGUUGGAAUGAUGUGCUUUAAUUAUUUUGAUCUUGGGGAUUGAAUUGGGAAAGAUUAUGUAAAGGAAAUGAAUCAAAAAGUGUGUCUAAAACAAAAAAAUUUAAGAAGAUAGCUCAGAUUGUGUCAAUAAAAACCCCAAAAAGAAAAAAAAAAAGAAUGGGGAAAAGAAAAUUUUGAGCUAAGAUACAUAGUUGUUAAGACAAAGAAAAGAAAAGAAAAGAGUGUUCAUUGGGUAAGAGAUGAAAAUGGGUGUAUAUUUGGGAUUUGAGAUGAAGAAAAGAAAGAGUAGAACUUAAAAAUUGUCUAGGAAAAGGGUACAAUGAUGAGAACCGAUUUAUGUAUGCAUUAAUUGCUCCUUUUCUUAGAUAAAUUUUGCAUAAUGAUCAAGCUCCUAUUCUUGAGUGUAAGUCACCAUAGCAAAAUGUAUUUGGACCCUUCUCAUUCUUCACAUUAAGCCAUUUUUUCUCACCAAACCAAAUGAUUUGGACCAAUUGGCAAUUUGCGAGAAUUCACUUAUGAUAUUUCUUAUUGAAUGUGAGAGUUGGUUGAUUUGAGGAUUCAUGAUAAUGAGUUAAAAGAUCAAAGGAAUUGAUAGGCCUAGAGAAGUUAGAGCUAAUAAAAACAUUUUGCUCUUGCUAUUUGGUAUGAUUUUGUAAGGAUAUCACAACGAUGGCAUUGAAGAGUUUCUUAAGGUCAUGAAUUUCCAUUUGUGUAUUGAAACAUCACUUCCCAUGUUCUUGAAAGUUUACUUGAGGACAAGUAAAGGACUAGUGUGGGGGAGUUGAUGUGUUGUGAUUUUGCAUAGUUUUAGCUUUGUUAUUUCAUAUAUAUUCAUGCAUUAACCUUACAUUUAUUUGCAUUUAGAGUCUAUUGCAUGUACAUUUGCAUCUUGUAGGUGUUGGAUGAAUUGUUUGGAGUUUUGGAGGUGAUUAGAGCACAAAAGGAGCUUUCGAGGAGUCUUGAACCGAACGUGUGAAAGACAAGCAUGGAUGAAGGUCUUAAAGAUAUCUUUUGAAACUUGUCUUUUGGGAAGACAUGGUAAAUUGAGUUAGCUUUACAAUGGAGGUGGUUUCAAGUCGUUUGGAGCUGUAUUGAGGGAUUUAUGAUCAAAAUACUACACACAUAUCAGUAUGACAUUCCUAGCGGCCACCC